CUUAAAUUAUUUUAAUGAAAUAGUGAAGUUGUGAACGCCAUAUUUGUUUGCGACUAUUGUAUUUAUUUUUAAGUAAUUGCAUUGUUAAGAUAAUACCUGCCAUUAAAAAGGAAAUAUGGAAAAUCAAGGCGGAACUUCGGGUCCUAGAGUAAGCGAUAAACGCUUAGCACAAACUCAGGCAAAAGUAGAUGAAGUUGUUGGAAUUAUGCGUGUCAAUGUUGAAAAAGUAUUGGAAAGGGAUCAAAAGUUGUCCGAAUUGGAUAAUCGUGCUGAUGCCCUUCAGCAUGGAGCAGCACAAUUUGAACAACAAGCUGGUAAGCUUAAAAGAAAGUACUGGUGGCAAAACUUGAAAAUGAUGUUGAUAAUUGGUGCUAUUGGUGUUGUUCUGCUUAUCAUUAUAAUUGUGUGGGCUACUUCCGGUCAUUCUUCUACCUCAGCGCCGCCUGCAGUACAACCUACACCACAACCAGGACCAUAAUUUUUUUAUUAGCUACACCUGUUCUACAACUACCUAACUAGUAUGAUUCAUACGAAAACAAUGCUUGACUAACUAUAAAGACAUAAAGCGAAAUAUUUUGUACUUUAUAUAUUACCUUCAGAUUUUUAAAAGAUGUUGAAUAUUUCAUAUUUUCUUGUAUUACAAUUUUUAAAAGAUUUUUAGUAUAGUAAAAAUAAAAUCCUAUAAUGCUAAAAAGUUUACAAAUUUAACAGUGCUAUUUAUAUCUUCGAGUAAAUGUUGAAUUUUCUACUAUUUUUGAAUGUAUACAAAUUGCUCUAAUGAGCUAUUAGUAAAUUUAUGUAUGUAUUAUGCCAACUGUGAAAAUGUACACAAAUAAGACUAAAAUUAGAUAUCUAUGCAUAAAUUAUCUAAGAUGAUUUACAGAGCUUAAUUAUGAGCCUGAUUGAAUAAGGAACUAAUUGUAACUAUUAAUUAUUUAAUUGGAGGUAAUGGUAAAGGUGUUUCACAUUUAACUAUAUAUCCUAGUUAUUUUUGUUGUAUAGAUAUAAAUGUCAUUAAAUGAUCAAUUUGACUAUAGUCUACUCUUGAAAUUCCAUUUGUUAAGCACAAUGUAUAAACUGCAGCAGCACAAAUUUAGUUCUUAAACAUUUAGUUGUAACAUGAUAUUCUUAAAAUAUUUUUGUAAGGGGAUCUUGUUCAUUUAUUUUAUUUGCAUUUCUAUUAGAUUUUGACACAGCCAAUGGGACCAAAAAUUUUGUUUGCAACAUAUAAUGUCUAAGGUCCUUCAAUAUUGUCACCAUAAUUAAAAGUGUAAGUUAAUGUUGUAUAUUAUAUUUCUUAUCUUUAUCUAGUUGUUUUAUAUUAUAUAAAUGAAAAUAAAUGUAUUUAUUCUACA